CGUCGAUGCGUGGAUUUCGCCACGAGCGAACGAACGAACGACCGAGGGCUCAAACGUUCAACUGCCGCAAUCGGCAGUCGGGGCUUCCUGCGGCCGUACGCGAAGAAGACAGACCGAGACACACGAAGUUCGUCGUUAGCGCCGAAGCCUGGAGAGAAGAACUCGAGCAAGAUGGACGGCAGAAUUUCCAUCAUCUCCAUCGCGACAGAUAUUCCUAAAGACCGAAACAAAGACUCCAAAGAGGAAACCGACAUCGAAACAGCCUUGGAGAUAUGCGGAACCGGGAGAUAUCAGUACGUGUUUCUGCUGGUGUGCGGCUUACUGUUCAUUUGCGUCGGCAUGCAAUACGCGGUGAAUGCGUACAUCCUGCCGUCGGCCGAGUGCGACUUCAACAUGGGUUCUGAGCAGAAGGGGUUCCUGAACGUCGCGUUUCUCGGAGGCUGCACGUUCAGCGCUCUUUUCUGGGGAAUCUUCGCGGGCGUUUACGGGCGAAAGAACAUUAUCCUGCUGACUCUCUUCACCGACAGCGUGCUAACGAUAAUCACGAGUUUCUCGCAGAGUUACAACCUAUUCCUCAUGUUCCGGGUGAUAAGCGGAUUCAUGAUGGGCGCACCUGGUUCGCUGAUAUACACGUAUCUCGGCGAGUUCUACGAGUACAAGUACCAAACAAAGGGCAUCUGCUUCCUGGGUUUCUUCUGGCCUCUUUCUUGGCUGAUAUUACCAGGUCUAGCGUGGAUCUUCAUACCGCUGCCGAUAAACUACGAGUUCUACGGCAUUCACUACAACUCCUGGAGGAUGCUCCUCGGCUUCAUCGGAGUGCCGACUUUCAUCAUAGCCGUAAUAAUCCUCGUCAAGUAUCCCGAGAGUCCGAAGUUCCUGGUGUCGCAGGGCAGGACCGACGAAGCUCUUGCGGUCCUCCAGAAGAUCUACGCGGUCAACACCGGCCGCGACGAGAGCGAGUACCCGGUGAAGCAAUUACUCUCCGACGUCACAUUGGAAGUGAAGAAAGACGAGACGUCGUCGUCUUCGAUGCACACUUUGACGAGCCUGCUGAAGAAUAUCUGGUGGCAACUGCGCACCAUUGUGUCACCGCCGCACUUGAAGUACGCCAUCAUCCUGUGGACGAUCUACGCCUCGAAUAUGUUCGGGUCCUACGGUUUCGGUCUUUGGAUGCCAGAACUGUUCAAUCGCUUCGAAAACUACCAACAGUCGCAUCCAAAUGCAUCAGUGUCCGUCUGCGAGUUGACUCGCAACAUGCAGCAGUCGUUGAAUGUCACCGUUGUGGAUGAGCCAUUCCUCUCGUUGGACGGAGUUGUCUCAGAGUGCAAGCGGAAUAUAAACGAACGAGUCUUCAUCAACUCAUUGACUAUCAACGCCGUUUCCUUACCGGCGAACAUUAUCUCCGGGUGCCUGACGAACCGAGUCAACCACAGAACGAUACCGACAAUCAGCAUGUUGCUGGCCGGCGCAGCCAGCUUCGGCGUCUACUUCGUGAAGUCCUCGCAACAAGUCCUCAUGGUGGCGUGCGUCUUCUCACUGAUGUUGACCAUGUCGAACUUCAUGAUGGCCGGUGUGGCGGUCAACAUCUUCCCUACACAUAUAAGCGCCGCCGCGGUAUCCAUAAUGGUAUGCUUAGGAAGGGCUGGCGCGAUAAUGAGCAAUCUGAUGCUCGGCAUGCUGCUGGAUCUCACCUGCGAGGUGCCGAUAUUCAUGUUGGCUAGUGUCAUCACUUUUGGCGGACUAUUGUCCCUCCUGAUACCGAGCAAGAAAAGGAAGUGAGGGCCGACAUGCCGAGACAGAGACUUCAAGAGACUCGAAGUGUCAGCCGAAACACUUCGUAUCAUUCUUUCACAUGCGAUUUAUGCGAAAAUAUUUCUCGAUCUGUAAAUAAUAGCUGUAAACAUCGACCAACCGGUUUUUUAUUUCACGAAGCUUCGACGAUGCAGUCGAGCGACUCAUAUCGACGUUUAAAUCACUGAUAGGAAUUUGGCUAGCCAAAGUUCGCUCCACAAAUCCAUCAGGUUUCUCUUUGCGAACGAAACUCUCUAGUUUUGCUACCAGCCGCCGUCGCUCAGCCCGGUCGCCGGCGCCGCUGCCCCGCGGCCUCACUAGCUUUGGUACUCUGGUCGCUCCUAAAUGUUCAAAAUUUCAUUGAACUACAUUACAAACUCGAUUU